AUGGUUUUCCACCGUUCUAAUGCAUCGAAGAAUAUAGUCGAUAGUUGCAUUUUAGCUAAAGGCGCUUAUUUGGGCUUUCUAGCUUCUUAUCACCAGAAUACUUCGCAACGUUUCACAGCUGAUUUGCGUUCAAAUACUGGUGGUCAGGCUUUCCCACAAUGCGUAUUCGACCAUUGGCAAAUACUUCCCGGUGAUCCACUUGAAAAUGGAACGAAACCCAAUCAAGUUGUUUUGGAGACAAGGAAACGCAAGGGACUCAAGGAGGGUAUUCCCGCUCUUGACAACUACCUUGACAAAAUGUAA